AUGGAACUUGCUUCUGGUGAUGAGAAUACUCAGAAUCUGUCUUUAAAUAGUAAAGAAAAAAACGUUGAAAAAAAGAAGAAACGGAGACCUGCUCGUCGUCAAGUUGAGGGUCGUGAAAGAACAGGAGAAUUAAUGCCUCCUCAGACAGGACAGGUUUUUAAUAUUUGGUAUGGAAAAUGGGCAGGUGGAGAUAAAGAGGAUAAAUAUAUAAAUAAAAAUAAAAGUGAAACAAGAUGUAAUAUUAAACGAGAUUCUGGAUAUACUAGAGGAGAUAAAAUCAAAGGCGCAUAUUUUUGUUUAUUUUUUGCUAGAGGAAGCUGCAGCGAUGGACCAGAUUGUACAUUUCUGCAUCGUUUACCAAAUGUACAUGAUAUAUAUUCGCCUAAUGUAGAUUGUUUUGGUCGUGAUAAGCAUUCUGAUUAUAGAGAUGAUAUGGGAGGUGUUGGUAGCUUUAUGCGGCAAAAUCAUACAUUAUAUUGUGGACGUAUCCAUGUAACAGAUGAUAUUGAAGAAAUUGUUGCACGUCAUUUUUCCGAAUGGGGAGAGGUUGAGCGCAUUCGUGUUCUUAACUCAAGAGGUGUUGCAUUUAUUACUUAUGUUAAUGAAGCAAAUGCUCAGUUUGCUAAAGAAGCAAUGGCACAUCAAUCGCUUGAAAACAACGAAGUAUUAAAUGUACGUUGGGCUACACAAGAUCCUAAUCCUGUUUCUCAAGCACGUGAUGCUAGACGUAUUGAAGAACAAGCGGCAGAAGCUAUUCGACGUGCUCUUCCUAAAGAAUUUAUUGCAGAACUUGAAAAUUAUGGUAAAAAAAUCAAACGCGAUGAUUUUGGCUUAGAUGGCUAUGAUGCUCCUGAUGAUAUAUGGUACGCAAGAGGUUCUAGUGCUGUAAAUCCUGCUGGAAGGCCAUCACACAUUCCCGUUGAAAUAAGUAUUGAAAAUACUUCUGAUCCGUCUGUUUCGGAAAAUGCAUAUGAUGAAGAAACAAAUGAAAUAUUUUCACGUAAAACGUUAGAUACACUUCAAUCGUUAAAUGCUGUAUGUACAACACAUUUGAGUCUAAAUAAUUCGUUAGGGCUGGUGGAAUAUACUAGUGAUGAUGAGGUAUAA